AUGAGCGAUGAGAAGGAAAGCGGGACAGAGAUGAAAGAAGUGAUAGAUAAAGGGAUAGAUAAAGUAAAAGAAAAGUAUAGAGGUAGAAGAGGGAGUACGGGGAGCAUGGGAACGCGAGAGGAGAACUCUAGAACCCUAGAUGAGAUUUGGAAAAGGAAGAGAGAUGAUCUAGAUAAGAGCGGGGGGGGGGAAGAGAAAGAGAUAGUGUUCAAGAGAAGUAAUAUGACAACAAGGUCGCCUAAAAAAAAAGCGGAAACAAAAGUAGGUGAAAAAGAGAUAAGGGAGAUAAUUAAUAAAAAUGGAGAAGAGGGCAGAGGAAACAUGGAGGCAGAAGAGCUGCUAAGAAAGAUAUUAAGGAAAAUGGAGAAACAAGAGGGUUUGAAGGAAGAAUUGAGGAGAAGUGAGGCAAUAUGGAGGAAGCAGAGAGAAGCGCUAGAAGAAAAAGUAAAAAAGCUUGAGGAGAAAGUGGAGGAAAGGAUAAAAAGAGUGGAGGAGAAAAUAAGAGAAAGAAAGGGAAAGGAAAAGGGGGAGAUAGGAAACGGAAACAAGAUGAGGGAGAGAAUGAAAGAGUUGGAAAGAAGGCUGGAAAGAAAGGAGAAGGAGGAGAGAAGAAGAAACAUAGUGAUAAGGGGUUUAGAAGUGAAGGAAGGAGGGAGGAGACAAGAAGCGGAGAAGUUGGAGGGAAUAGGAGCCAAGGUGAAGGCAAUAGAGGUGAAGAGAAUAAGGGGGAAUGUGAAAAAAGGAAGAGAAAUGGUGUUGUUGAAAUUGGAAAAUGAACAAAAAUGGGAGGUGAUGGAAAAAAAGAGGAGCUUGGUGGGGAGAAAGGAGAGAAUCAUGGAGGAUUUGACGUGGGAGGAAAGAAGGACGAACUGGAUACUGAGAGAGUUAGCGAGAAGAGAAGAAAGAGAGGGAAAGAGGGCGUGGAUUAAAGCGGGCAGAAUAAGGUUGGAAAAUGUAUGGUGGAGCUGGGAUAUGGAAGAGGAGGUGUUAAAGGAUGAAAGGGGAAUGAUAAGAAAGGAGAGUGGAGGAGAGAAGGAGGAGGGAGGUAAGGUAGAAGGGGGAGGAUUGAGAAUGGUGACGGGGGAAGAAGAGGGGAGAGGGGAGGAAUUAAAGAGUGGCAAUAUGGAAGGCAAAGGAGAAGAGGAGGGGAAAAGUAAGUUUUGGAGGGUGGUAUUCUGGAGUGUAGCUGGUUUGAAAAAUAAAGACAAGGACUUUUGGGAAGCGUUGAAGAAAAAGGAUGUAUUAGUCAUGGUAGAGACCUGGAUAGGAGAAAAGGGCUGGGAGAGAAUAAGGGGAAGGUUGCCAAGAGGGUACAAAUGGGGAGUGCAAAUGGCGAAAAGAAAGAAUAAAAAAGAGAGAGCAAUAGGAGGGAUAAUAAUGGGAAUAAGAAAAGGGUUUAAAGAGAAGGGGACGGAGAUUGAAACUGAUAGGGAGGGCUUGAUAGCGGGAAAGGUUAGGAUAGGUGGAGAGAGAUGGAGUAUUAUAAGGGUAUAUGCAAAAAAAGAGGAGAUAGAGGAGAGCUUACAGGAGCUGGGACACAUAAUGGAAAGAAAAGAGAAAAGAAGAUUUACGAUAAUAGGGAGAGAUUUCAAUGCGAGGACUGGGCGAGAAGGUGGGAGUAUAGAGGAAGAGGAAGGAGGAGGAUGGUCGGCAGGGGAAAGAAGAUCGAAAGAUAAGAAGAUAGACAAAGAGAGGAGGUUGCUGGUGUAUACGGCGAUUUUGGCGGAGAAGUUGAGAGAGGAGAUAGAAGGAAAAAGAAUAGUGCCACAAAAUCAGACAGGUUUCAGAAGGGGGAUGGGAACUAUAGACAAUAUAUUUGUGUUGAAUUACUUGGUGAACAGAAGGUUAGAAAAGAAGGGGGGAAAACUGAUAGCGUGUUUUGUGGACCUGAAGGCGUCGCUUGACUUGGUGGAUAGAGGAGUACUGAUAAAGUCAAUAAGAGAAAGGGAAAUAAGGGAAGGGCUGGUGAGGAAAACGGAGGAGAUACUAAGGGAGACGAGAAGCAGAGUAAGGGUAGGAGACGAAUUGGGAGAAAAGUUCUGGACGGGAAGGGGUGUAAGGCAGGGGUGCCCAUUGAGCUCGCUGUUGUUCAAUGUGCUAUUGGCGGAUAUGGAACAGGAAGUGGGCAGAGCCAAAUGA